UCGCGUCCUGCCCGUCCACGAGCACUCCUCCUCCGCCCGUGAUUGGCCGGUGUCUCAGUCUCCUCUGGUCUCACUCUCUUCGCCAUGUCCGAGCGCUCCGUGUCUACGGGGCCCUCGGGGGCCACCGUCAUCUCCACACCGGGGGGGUCCUCCCUCAGCGGUGACGUUCCCGUUACUGGCCCCGCCCCGGCCGCAGGAGGUCCGGUUCGCAUGAACUUAUACGCGACCUGGGAGACAGACAGAGGCAGUGCGGCCUGCGUACCCAGGCUGUUUUCUCUGACUCUUCGGAAACUUAUUAUGUUGAAAGACCUAGAUAAAGAUUUACCAUCCGUUGUUAUUGCCGUAAAGCUUCAGGGCUCAAAAAGAAUUUUGCGCUCAAAUGAAAUUUCUCUGCCAGCUAGCGGGGUUUCAGAGACUGAACUACAGUUAACAUUCUCUCUGCAGUAUCCACACUUCUUAAAACGGAAUGCUAAUCGCUUACAGAUCAUGUUGCAAAGAAGAAAAAGAUACAAGAACCGAACUAUCCUGGGUUAUAAAAGCCUGGCUGUAGGAGUAAUUAAUAUGGCAGAGGUCUUACAGUUUCCCAGCGAGAGCGGCCUCGUUUUGUCUCUUCAUAGUCAUGCCAAGGAUGUUUCUUUGCCUGUUGCUGAGAUAAACAUCCAUUCACUCUCCAGUCAGCCAAUUGAUCACGAGGGACCAAAAGCCAAAUUGUCUGAUCGUUCCCCAGAUAUUGAAAAUUAUUCAGAAGAUGAAGAUGAAAGUUUCUCUUCAGAGCAGGAGGGAAGUGAUGACCCCUUGCAUGGACAGGAUUUUUUCUAUGAGGAUGAAGAUGUCAGGAAGGUGAAGAAAUCACGAAGAAAAAUCCAAGCCUCAUCAGCCAUAACUAGACAACCAAACAUUAAGCAGAAGCUUAAGUCACUUCUGAACAGAUUUAAAGUCUCAGAAGAGGUUGGAUUUGGUCUGGAUCAUGUGUCUCGUGAUGAGAUUCGGGAAGAAGAUCUUGAUGAUUUAUAUGACAGUCUAGAAAUGUUUAACCCAAGUGACAGCUGCCCAGAGUUAGAAGAAAGUGAGAGUGUCUUGAGCACCCCCAAGCCAAAGCUUAGACCAUUCUUUGAGGGGGUUUCUCAGUCCAGUUCACAAACAGAAAUCGGAAGCCUAAACAGUAAAGGAAGCCAAGGAAGAGACAUCAGCAGUCCGGGGGAUCUUUCACUUGAGGUGAAGAUGUCUCGUCAGGAAGAUUUGAUGGACACAGAGAGUCAGGAUGUUUCUUUGGAUGUCUCGCAAGAUGUAGACAGUCUGUCUGAAACACUUACUUUUUCAGUCCCUGAAAAAUCUAAAUCUGUGAAAAGUCCCAACGUUACACCUCAGGGUAAAAGAAGCGUCUCUCUGAAAGAGAAACCCCCUAGCAAAGGACUUUCUGAAAGAACGCAAAGUACAGAGAGUGAGAGAACAGCAGACAUAGGACAGAACACACAGGUUCCCCGGAAGCUAUUACUUGAUCAGUUAAAUCAGAACCUCUCUGAUCCAUCUCUUCUAGAAACUAUUAUUAUCGUGCAGACUUCAGAUUGGCAAGGACAGUUUGUUUCAACUCUGUUCCAGCAGCAGCAUAAGCCAUGUGUAUGUGUAACGUGCUCAUCAGAUGUACAGUGUGCCCUGACUGCGAUACUUACGCGAAUACAGAGACAUUAUCACAUGGCACCAGGACCACCACGACCUCUAAAAGUUGUGUGUGCGGGAGGACACACAUUUCUUAGUUUCCUUCUUGGAGCAUAUGUCACAAAUUUAGCAGGAAGAACUUCUGACUGGUUAGGCUACCUGCGCUUCCUAUUAAUCCCACUGGGGUCUCAUCCUGUGUGUAAAUAUAUUUCUUCCAUGGAUCCUCGUUAUGCAUCUCUUUUCUUUGAUGCUUCCUGGCGAGAACUAUUCAAUAGAUCUGAGGCUCCAGUAAUAGAACCCUUUGAUGUCAUUGGUCGUAUAAUGCAGUACGUGGGUGGAGCCAAUAACUCUCACCAGCUACCAAUUGCAGAAGCCAUGUUAACCUGCAAACAUAAGCUCCAGGAGGAUGAUUCUUAUCAGAAGUUUAUCCCAUUCAUAGGGGUGGUGAAAGUCGGACUGGUGGAGACGUCCCCCCCAAAUACUGAUGCAGAGGAUUCUGUCACCCUUGGGGUUGGUCUCCCUUCUACAUCCCCCCCUACUUCAACUGGGCUCCCACGAGAUAGUUCAGCUACACCUCCAUCUUCUCCAUCACUCAAUGCUGGUCUCCAAGGAAGCACAGGGCCCACUCCAGAUGCUCUGGGAUUGCAGGUUGAUUACUGGCUAAGCUGUGACCGAAGAAAAGAGAGAGAAGGUGGAGGGAAGAAUACUCUCCGUAGCAUUUUCCGUUCUGUUGUUGUGUCACGCCUACCAGGACCAGAUACCCCACUUGGCAGCAUGAGCUUGAGUGUAGUAACCACAGAGCCACGAAAUAAGAAAGUGCCAACUAUUUUCUUAAGUAAGAAGCCAAAAGAAAAAGAAACUGAUGCCAAAAGUCAAAUAAUAGAAGGAAUUACAAGAUUGAUAUGUUCUGCGCGCCAGCAGCAAACCAUGCUAAGAGUCACAGUUGAUGGACGUCUCUUCAGUGAUGUGAAGUUUUUCCAAGUGGCAUCUCAGUGGCCGACCCAUGUCAAAUAUUUUCCUGUUGGCAUUUUUAGCUCAAGUGGAAAACCAUGAUAUUCCUCAAAUUCAAGCCUAAACAAAUGUUCAGCUUUACACACCGUAAACAUGCAUUAGUAUACACAAAACUACCCCUUAGUGAACUGUGACACUGUAUUGUAUGUCCUUUCAUGCCAGUGUCAUUAUCAUCAUAUUUCUCCAACUGAUAAACUAUCUCAUCUGUUAAGGUACUGUAGUAAUGACACCACCUGUUACAUCUUCUUCUGUAAAAUCUACAUAUGGAGAAACACAAGACCCAAAUUGUUACACGUACAUUAUAACACUCAGAGAACAGUCAUAUAUAGAUAGAUGUUGCUUAUUGUAUUGUAUCAUGUAUAUCUCUAGUGCCAUUCAUGUCAAUGAUUACAAGAUUUUUUAUAACAUAGUAGCAAACUUACACAAUGAGUAACUCACAGCAACCAGUCAAACAUUGAUGGUCUUGUGCAAAGUAAAUAAACACAAAUAAAUGUCUGGUUACUAUGGCCUACUACACUGAGCAUGUUUGCCCUUAAUGUUAGCUAAUGAACUUCAAAGAAAAAAGAGAACGAUAUAUGAGUAACAUACAAAUAUGAAAUGUGAUCUAUUGCUUAUGUCAGGAGUCUAGACAAAAAUGUCAUUACAUCCUCCAUUGACUUCUCUUGGUUGAUACAGCUCCACUGCCUUCGGCUAAGAACCAUAAUGAUGCAGUUUCUGAUGAAUUGCAGUGAAUACCCUUUUGAUUGUUGCUUAAUUUUGAAUUUUAGUGAAAAACAAGUUGAACAGUGUUAUUAUUAUCCUCCGCUGUUACAUAGUGUUGACCGUAUUAGCCAAUUUCUGAGUUAAGGGAGAAAAUAUAUAUAAUGCAGUGGAUGUUAUUUUGGAAUGGUGCAUUAUAUUAGUAGUACUGAAAAUGCACUUAAAUACCUGUCAAACAAUGUUACAUUUCUUUCUCAAGUCCUUUCAUCCACUGUUACAUACAGUACUGUACAUGCUGAUACUUCUCAUACACUGUACUAUGGAUACAAAGUCCUCACAUACACUGUUACACACAUGCAGAUGGGAAACAUACCAUGUUGCAUGCUUAUCAUACAGUGUUACAUACUUACACAUACCUGACAUACACACUUACCUGCUGUCAGAUAGAGGAUGUGCAGUGUAGUAUUUGCACAAGUAUGUACAAGUGUUCAAUUGCAUAUCUAAUAAUAAAUAUCUGAACUUCUCUGUUACAUUCCUAAUGUACACAGCUACAUGUGCACAAAUAUGUCUCAUACACUACAGUAUAACAUCCACACAAAUAUCUAUCAUACACUUUCCAUAUAAGUAAAAUGCUGAAAUACACAAACAAAGCACAACCAAGGCAGCCUAUCGUACAUACACGUGGGUAACCUUAAACCCAAGGGAACAUGCUAGGGAAGGAGAGAGUGUGCAGUAACCAGAGGCGCCAAACUGUGAAAUAAAUAGAAUUAAAACAAAGUACUUAUCUCUUGUUGCUCUCAGUUUCAAUACAUUGGUUAUUCGUGCAUAUGGGGAGAGAGAUAGCACAGAAUAUAGUGUGAUAUUGUCACAGACAAUAUAAUGUAUUAAAUAAAAUCAGGAGUGUUUGUUAGACACUGUGGGCAUUAUCCCUCAUUGCAAACCAACGCUGGACUUUUACCUACUUCUAGCAUGGAGGCUUUUUAGCUAUUCACUGCUUAUUUGUUAUCGCUGAUUGAUUUAAUUGUUGGACUAUGAUGCACUCCAACACGGAGUCAUCUAUGUCUACUUUUAUUACUUAGUGUCAGAAGCUGAUUUUAUUUAUCUGUGACAAUAUCACACUAUAUUCUGUUCUAUCUCUCUCCCCAUAUGCACGAAUAACCAAUUUAUUGAAACUGUGAGGAACAACAGAGAAGUCAUUUGUCUUUAUUCUAUUUAUUUUACAGUUUGGCGCCGUUGGUUAUUGCACACUAUCUCUUUACUUAGCACUUUAAAUAUAAGUACUUACUGUACAUACCCUAAAUGUCAUGAUACAUGGCCACAAACGUCGGACUUGUAUACAUUGUUGCAUGAACACAAAUAUCUGUCCUAAACUGUUACCAUAAGCUAAACAAAAAAAAAAUUACAUGCCACAUGCAAACACCAGUAGUUGCGUAUAUAUACUCCCACUUGUAGAGUCCUUAUACCUUGUGUGAUCCUACACACUCCAUAAUCUACUAUUUAAGCACUCCCUUCCCAAUCUAUCAUCCCUUUUCACUUGCUUCAUUCUUAAUGUCUUAAUAUGUGUAUAGUAUUUACAAAGCACAAUGUACUUCAGCACCCAGUGGGUUUUCAAGCAACUCCUACCCUUCAGUCUGUCUUCCCUUUUGUCCUCUUAUCCCAAUUGUCUGUGUUGCACAAAUGUAUAUAAUUUGCUUCCAGUUUCUUUUUAUGUUUUGUAUUGUUUUUAAAAUUAUUUCAUUAAAGUUUUUGUGGUUUA